AUGGGUAACGGAAACAGCACUCCCCUCCAAGACUGUCUCAACGCCGUCUGUGCCAACCAAAGCAACUGUGUCAGGUACCCAGGCGAUCCACUCUUCGCUUGGUGGUCGACGCCGUUCAACCUCGAAUUCCCAGUCGUCCCAGCCGCUGUUAUUCGACCUCAAACCGUCAUCCAAGUCGCCGAAACUGUCAAGUGCGCCACCAAUCAUGGAGCCAAAGUACAAGCCUUGUCUGGAGGUCACUCCUACGGCAUGAACAACAAGACGUGGUAUGCCUCGUUCGGCGCGGGCAUGAAUCUAGGUGAACUGGAUGAGCAUCUGCACGCAAAUGGGAGACGAGCCAUCGCCCACGGAACAUGCCCAGGAGUAGGCACUGGAGGGCAUCUGACAGUGGGCGGUCUUGGACCAAUUUCUCGCCAGUGGGGAAGCGCCCUCGAUCAUAUCCUCGAAAUCGAAGUGGUCACUGCCGAUGGUACGGUCCAGAGGGCCAGCUAUACCAAGAAUUCGGGCUUGUUCUGGGCAUUGCGCGGCGCCGGUGCAAGUUUCGGUAUUGUGACCAAGUUUAUGGUAAAAACCCAUCCAGAACCUGGCAGAGUCAUCCAAUACAGCUACAAAUUUGCCUUCACCUCGCAUGAUGAGAUGGCUAAGUUGUACAGAGAGUGGCAGGCCGUGGUGGGAGAUCCAAACAUGGACCGUCGAUUUUCGAGCCUAUUUAUUGUUCAACCUUUCGGAGCACUCAUCACGGGAACAUUCUUUGGCACAAGAUCCCAAUUUAUGAUAACCAGAAUCCCUUCUCGACUUCCUGGAACAUUCAGAAGUAAUGCAUGGAUAACGGACUGGGCGGCCCUUUUACUUCACGAAGCAGAGGCAGUCGGAUGUGCUUUGGGCAGUGUACCAACAGCAUUUUAUGGCAAAUCGCUAUCUCUCAGUGAGCAGGAUUUACUCAGUGACAAGGCAAUUACCGACCUCUUCAAAUACCUGGAGCAGAAGCGCAGUGAAUUGGCACCUGUUACAAUCAUUUUCAACUCUGAGGGCGGCGCAAUGAUGGACAUACCUGCUGAUGCGACGGCAUACCCGCACCGAAACAGUAUCAUCAUGUAUCAGUCUUACGGCAUCGGAGUGGGAAAAGUGUCGGCAGCGACACGGGAACUCUUGGACGGAGUUCAUAAGCGGAUCCAACGGUCGGCUCCGGGCGCCCGCUCCACUUACGCCGGGUAUAUCGAUCCUUGGGCGGACCGAAAGGCGGCUCAAAAGCUUUACUGGGCGGACAACCUACCACGAUUACGGGAGUUGAAGAAGGCGUGGGACCCAACGGAUGUCUUUCACAACCCGCAAAGCGUUGACCCGGCCUAA